CCCUCUAAAAUCCUCACAAACAUCAUCCAAAUCAUUCACCAUACCAACUCCAUGGCCACGUCUAAAAUCAACCACAUCUCUCUUUUCCUUCUUUCUAUUCUUCUUAUCUCUUUAGCCACCAUCUCCAAAUCUGAUGAAGAUUGUGUCUACACAUUGUACGUAAGAACUGGUUCAAUCAUCAAAGGAGGAACCGAUUCAAAGAUAUCUAUAACACUUUACACCAUAAAAGGCGAGUACAUUAACAUUCCAAAUAUUGAACUAUGGGGUGGAUUAAUGGAACCAGGACAUGAUUAUUUCGAAAGAGGCAACACUGAUAUCUUCAGUGGGAGAGGAUACUGUUUGAAAGAUCCGGUGUGCAAAAUGGACCUUACAUCAGAUGGUACAGGUUGGGGUCACGGUUGGUUUGUUCACUAUGUUGAAGUCACAACUGCCGGUAAACAUGAAAAGUGUGAGAAUCAGUAUUUUGAUGUUGAGCAGUGGCUUGCUACUGAUACUUCUCCUUACAAUCUCACAGCAAUUAGAGACAAUUGUCAUGGUGACAAUUUUUCGUACAGUAGAUUGGAAUCAAAGACAGAAGCUAGCACAUAGGCUUUACAUGUAUGUAAUUGUGUAAACCCUAGUGAAAGAGUGAUGGGGCAAUUUUCAUUUGUGUGUGUUGUAGCAAGGAAUUGCUUUCUCUAAUAAACAGACAUGAUCUUGGAUCUGUAACUUGUAUUGCUUGUUCGUGCUCUGUUUUUUGUAUCAACUAUGAACCACAAGCUUUGUGUGGA